GUCGGACUUCUAAAACACAGGACGCCGCUGGGAAGGGGCCGUCGUGUGAGCCCCGAGAUGAGCCCUUGGGUCCAGGCUCCGGAAGAGCAAGAGGCGACCCCGAGGGGGAAAGGGGAAGGAGCUCCCGGCGGAAUGGCCUCCGUCUUCCCGGGGGACGACCCUCGCCCCGACACCCGCCGCCUCCGGUUCAGGAGGUUUCCCUACCAGGAGGCGGACGGGCCCCGCGAAGCCCUCCGCCGGCUCCGGGAGCUGUGCCGCCAGUGGCUGAAGCCAGAGAGGAACACGAAGGAGCAGAUUCUGGAGCUGCUGGUGCUGGAACAGUUCCUGACCAUCCUGCCUAGGGAACUCCAGGCCUGGAAGCGGGAGCGGCAGCCCCGAAACGGGGAGGAGGCAUUGGCCCUGGUGGAGGAUUUGCAGAGGGAGCCCGGGAAAUCUGAACAGAAGGGUCUGAGGACAUCGGAGCAAGUGAGCGGAUACCUCUCCCAGGAGGAGAAGGGGCUCAAGAUUCCCCCGGAUAGGGAUCUCUCUGAGGAUGUCAAAGAGGAAAACAGGAAUAUCACCUCGCUAGAUUUGGGGCACGGAAGUGAGAAUGAGGUGAUCCAGAAGGAAACUCAUGAGGAAUUGGAAUUCAGAGGAGCGGUACUGGGACGCUCCAUCGGAAAGGUUCUUCAGAGUUCCGACUCACCGGACACCUUUGGGUACGGGUCAGAAGAACAGUGGGCAAUCUCUCCAGAGGCGUGGCAGAGAGAGCCCACUGCGGGGGUGACCGAUCCUGGAGAAUUCCCGGGGAUAGCUGCCCUCAUCAGGAAUCCACCUUCAGCAGAAAAACCCUACAAAUGCAUUGAAUGUGGGAAGAGCUUCAGGAGGAAGUCCUAUCUAAAGUAUCACCAAAGCGCCCACAUGGGCGAGAGGCCCUUUUUGUGUAACGAAUGUGGGAAAAGCUUCACCCGAAAUUCGUCACUGAAAAACCACCGGCUAAUCCACACCAGUGAGAGCCCCUAUAAAUGCCGUGAGUGUGGAAAAAGCUUUAAAACAAGCUCAGGACUCAUGAAACAUCAGAUCACUCACACGGACGAGAAACCUUACAGCUGCAGCGAAUGUGGGACGCGGUUUAAGUCCAGAGCUCAUCUUGCCGAUCACCAGACCACCCAUACGGGAGAGAAGCCUCACAAGUGCGGCUGCGGGAAGAGUUUUAAUCGUUACUCGAGCCUCGUCCGGCACUGGAGAUUCCAUUCGGGAGAGAAGCCCUACGAAUGUCGGGAAUGUGGGAAGAGCUUCGGUCUCAACUCAAAUCUUAUUCAACAUCAGAGGACCCACAGGGGAGAGAAGCCGUAUAAAUGUAAUAAGUGUGACUGUCGCUUCAGCCGGAGCUCCAACCUUAUUCGGCAUCAGAAAAGCCAUACAGAAGAGAAGUGACUGCUGACUCUAGAACCAGUUAGGAGGAUGGACCUGGAGGAAUGAGGUGGGGGGUUGUAUAUGUGCACGCUUGCGUGCACACGCACAGGUGUAGUUAUUGAGAUUGCUGAAUUUUGAGGUAUUUGACACUUUUUUCGUAGUAUCACAGUAUUUCAGAAGUCUUUUCAGGAGAAGGACCAGCUCUUCUCCAAUUGCCACUAUAUAAAAGGGUUGUUUUGCUCCAUUUCAGUUCACUUUCCAGCAGCCACUCAGGUAACCUGCUAUUAUUACCCAUUCUCCUCCAAGAUCUGCUUAGGGAAGUGGAAUUGAGAUGGUUAUUGUUUUGACGGUGGCAAAAAUGGCAAUCCAAGACCUAAUAGUGGAAUCCUGACCUGUCGUGUGCUGUUUGACACUUCAGUGUACCGCGUGAAAGUCCUCCGGAAGAUGGAUACGACACCUUAGGGAGGCUGAAAUAUCACAUCCUUAUAGAAGGUUGGACUCCUGCAGAUCUCCAGUUUAGUCUGGAACUUAACGCCACACUGUCGGUCUCCCAAAGAGUCUCCUACUUGGAAAUUAAAUGUACCAUUGGAAAAGGCCUUACUUAAGUAGCAGAAUUCAGUGACAAACCGGGUGUCCACCCGGACAGGAGAAAUUUGCAAUUUUUCCUUUAAGGUACUGAAGUCUAAUAGUCCCAUUUUCCCUUUCUAAAUAGUGUAGCUCACUAAAAAGUAGGACUAAGGGAGUAUGUGCUCUCACAUUCUACUAGUUAAGGCCAGUGACUAUGAAAAAUGCUUUCCUUUCUGGUAGAGAUCUAGAAAUUGGAACUUACAGCUGAAAGCAAGUAUUUAAAAUCUCACGUUUUCUUUUAAGAAGUUCUGGUUUGGACGUUGUCUCAUUCAGGCCGUAUGCAUUCUCCCCGC